CGACUUGCUCCCACCUGCCGCCUGCCAAACUCUAAAUUUCCAUUUUUCCUUGGUUUUGCUGUUCGAUUUCCACCGUUUGAAAUUAUGUCAGCCAAACUUGGAAGGAGCCCGGUGGACUUACCAGCUCAAGGGUGUUUACCGUGGUCGGAUUUGACCUUCGGUGAACCACCAGUCAUCAACAGAACUUGAUCUUGAAGGUCGCUUUUUUGUCGUUUGAUUGACUUCCAUCCACAUGAUUGAAUUCCAUCAUGUGCCGCCAGAAAGUCAACCAGCACUGUUCUCAACUGAUCAAUGUUUUCUUGGAUAUUUUCUUCUAUUCUCCAAAUCUCUUGUCGCCCAGAUCGACGGUUAGGGUUCCGAAUGAUGAUCGAUCAAGAAUGACCCUGUGCAUGGACCGCAGAGCCUCAGGCGGGAGUGCCCGUCUUCGGGUCAGGGACAAGCUUCCGUUCCCGCCUCGGCGGUUCGACACCUACCUUGGCCUCUGGAUUGUGGUUUGA